CUGAUAACAAAAGUGACACUUAUCAAAAACAAAGACUACGUUUACUAAACUAUAGCUAUUAGCUGAUUGAUAACGCUUUGUCUGGCUCGAUUGCGAGGGUCGAUUGCUGAGUUCAAGUGUCUGAUGGACAAUCUCGGUAAAAAUCCUAUUCAACCUUAUCAGCGAGAUUAAGUCACAUUGACAAUUUUCACAUAGAUCCCUUAUUGUGAGUUGUAUUGAGAUUUAUAAUGUAUUUUCAAUUUCGUUCGUUGGACAAUUUCACACUAACAAUGCCAUCGAUAUAACCAGUUAAUGCAUCGAUUUCGAUACGGAUUCAGAUUCCAAUGCGAUGCACCAAGAAACUGAAGAUGCUGAUGAAGACGACGGAAGCAAUUCCCAUUCAAUUGAAUCAACUGACUCUUCUGUCCACCUGAGCGAAGACUCUGACGAGGAGGAAGUGCAUCAAUGGGAAAAGAACACUGUAGAUCAUCAAGUUGUGUAUUCACGUCCUUAUCAGCUGCCCGACAUCCAAUAUAAUAGCUUACCAGAAGUCUCAGUCCAAUCUCUAGGUUACGAGGCACCCGAAGAUUGGCCAGUCUUAGUGCAGGAGAAGAAGCCGCCUCUCUACGAGCUGCUGUUGAGGCUGAUCCAAAGGAAUCUCAAGACCAAUACUGUGGUCACCAUCGCUCAGAGCAGUCUGCCAGUCCAUCUCAUAGUGCUGCAAUGUUUCUCGGGUCUCUUUUGUGACUUGAACAACGACAUGAGUGUGGAGUUGCCCUUGGAGUGGGUGACUCCUCGUGCCUUUCGGCUCAUAUACGACUGGAUGAUUGAGGAUGCGCCUCGGCUGUCCCGGCUCGGCUUGUUGGAGGUGCUGCGAGCUGCGAGAUUCCUCAAGAUACAACAACUCGAGAGGCAGUGCGAGGGUUGCCUGGCACAUGGCUUUACAGAGGACUCGGCGGUGAUGUUGUACCUGGAGGCACAACUCCUGCACAUGGAACGAGCUCAUCGACCUUUGUUGCAGAGCGUAGGACGCUUCUUUCUGACCCUGGUCGCCUCGCAGGAGUUCCUCCGGCUGCCCGUGCAUGCGUUAUGGCAACUGCUCCGCUCCAACGGCAUUGGCGUCAACACCGAGCUGGAAGUCUUCAUGGCCGCCGUGCGUUGGCUCAACUUUCAGUGGCCUAAGCGACGACUCAUUAUAGGUCAGCUCAUAUCCUGUGUGCGCUUCGGACUGGUGCCUCCUUGGCUGCUCAUUCGACUGCACGACCGACAGUCGAACUCAGUGGAACUGAGACGCAUCACCUCGCAUCCAGAAGUGCUGCAGCAGUUGCACGAUGGCAUUGGCUAUACCACAACGCGACUCUGUUAUGGCUCCGAUCGCGACGCCUUCAUGUUGCACCUGGAGCGGAGUGGCAUGCAGCCGCCGGUGCAACGCAAUUGGAUCUAUGAUCCCGCAUGCAGCUAUCACCAUCGCCUGCACUGUCAGAUCUCCGAGGAGUUCACAUACGAAGCCUUUACAAGUUAUCUCAAUUUUUUGCAAACGCUGCACAAAGAUUACUGGCAAUCCUUACAGCCAGUGGAUGUCUCCGAGGUGUGCUACUGUUGCCAGAGAAUUGCCAAGCAGAUGGAGGACAGUGCUCAUUAGCAACUGUUCGCGAUUCGUGAUCCAUAGACUACAUUUUAUUACUAUGCAAAUAUAUUUUUUAAUAUUAGCAAAUAA